AUGAAUGUUCUAGUAUAUAUUGGACCAGGCAGUUCACCAUUAUCCGUAUCGAAUACAAUAGACACAUUAAAACAUGCGCUUGGGGCACACUAUGAUGUUAUUAGAGUCGACGCCAAAGUUAUACGUGAAGAACCUUGGAGUGAAAAGACUUCUCUAUUUGUUUUGCCAAAUGUUAAACUGGUAAAAUAUCAUGAAGAACUUGACGACGCAAAAAUAAAUAAGAAAAUACUUGAAUAUGUUAGUGCGGGUGGAAAAUAUCUUGGUUUUGGUGCUGGGGCAUGUUACGCGUUGUCUUCUAUCAAAGAUAACGAUGCAUCACUAAAUUUAUUACGCGGCAUUUAUAAAGCGAUUAAUUCGAAUGGAAAAUCAAUCAAUUUGGAAUUGGAUCGUCAAGCUCUGUUUCAUCAUUUUGCGAAUGUGCCAAAUGAAAUAACUUUUGAGUCAAAUCAAUUCAGUAGUAAUGGUGAUGAUGAUAGUAAUAAUAUAUAUUUCGAUUCAGUCGAUUUACCUUUUUCGAAUUAUACAGUAUUGGCCAAUUACAAAAAUAUCAAUGAUUCAUUCACGAAGCCUGCAAUUAUCAAAUUUGAUUUUGGAAAGGGUAGUGCGAUAUUGUGUGGCAUUGAUCUUCCUCGUAUUAUUUAUGAUUCUAAUAAUGAACUGCAAAACGCUACCAAUAAUAAGACGUCUGCUAAUAGAUUGAGUGGACAGCUUUUAGGUAGUCUUCUUGAAAUUUUAGGGAUGAACGUGCGCUUGACAGACCCUCCCGAUCUGAAACUGACACCGUUACACCUGACAUUUCAAAGACCCGCACUUGCCGAUUUGUGGUUGCGAUCUGCUCGUUCGUUAAUAGAUCAAGCGCAAGAUGAUUCUGGAAAAUUUAUUAUUAAAGAUAAGAAUGAUACUUUUCUUGUAUUCGAAGUGAAUGACACGUUAAUUAGCACAGAAUUGAUAGAAAAAAAGAAUGACAACGAUGACACCACAGUGAAGCCAACAAAGAUGUUUGUCUAUCGAGGAGAUUCGCCUUCUAUAACUCCCUUUUUCGAUUUUUCACUGUAUUAUAAACUUUUGACAAAAGCACGAAAUGAAGAUAAUAAUUUAUUUGGUAUUUCUAAUAAUAUGGAUUUUGGCUCACAGGUUUUGUAUGGUGAAGUGAUGAAGAGUACUCAAUCUUUAUUAGAAAAAAACCCAAAGUUCCUUCAAACUCAACCAACAGGUCUCGUAUGUGUGGCUUCACAACAGAUAGAAGGCCGUGGUCGUGGUAGAAAUUCCUGGAUCUCACCACUUGGAAGUUUACUAUUUUCCUUUAUUAUACGACAUCCCGCCACUCUACCGUCUUCAUCCGCGGUAUUCUUGCAAUAUAUUUUAGCAGUGGCGGUAGUUGAGUCUGUAAUAAGUAGAAUUGGUCACGAGGAUAUUCCAUUGAAACUUAAAUGGCCAAACGAUAUUUACGCAAACACGUCUGACUUUGGCGAUCAUGCUGAUACGAAUAGCUCGAAAUUUGUUAAAAUAGGCGGUAUUUUGGUCACGUCGCAAAGUGUACGCAACGAAUUUCUGAUGAUUGCAGGAUGCGGUAUAAAUACCAGUAAUCCAGCACCAACUACAUCCAUCAACCAGAUCAUUUCGGAAUACAAUGAAAAACAUCAAACUGAAUUACCUUUUUUGUCCCAGGAAGAUCUAUUAUCAGGAAUUAUGGUGAAAUUCGCGUCUUUAUAUCGAGACUUCUAUUAUAACAAUCAAGCCGGAAUUGAUCAAUUCUUAAAGUUGUACUACAAGAGAUGGUUGCACACCAAUCAAAUUGUCACCGUGAAAGCAGAUAGCACGGAAAAAGUAAAAAUCAUCGGAAUCACUUCUGACUACGGGUUCUUAAGUGCUGUUAAAGUUGAUGAGGAAGGUAGAGACUUGAAUGAAAUAAUUACUUUACAACCAGAUGGAAAUACUUUUGAUAUGAUGAAAAGUAUGAUUACCCGAAAAGUCAAAUAA